AGUUACUGCCCGGGAGCUGCAGAAGUCUGGUGAGCAGGUCUCCAUUUUUCAAGUCAUUCAGGGCUAGUUUCUUUCUCAUCUGCUUAUUCAAAGCCACCUGCAAUUUCUGCAUUUCCCGAUCAUUGGUGUAUCCUUAUGACUUUAGACUAACAGAGAAAGAGAAAACUAGUAUCUGCUACUUGUCCUUCCCAGACUCCUACUCAGGUGGCCUGGGGGAUACUCAAUUUAGCUUCCGCCUCCGUCAGUCUGGGGGACAGAGGACCACUCAUUACGAGGAUGAUGGCGAGUACAAUAGAGAAGCACCUCUGACGCUGCAGCGGGAGUCAGCUCAUUAUUUUGGUUAUGUAUACUUCAGGCAAGUCAAGGACAGCUCGAUGAAGAGAGGUUAUUUUCAGAAGUCUUUGGUGCUGGUGUCACGCCUUCCAUAUGUGAAUUUGUUCCAGUCAUUGCUGCAGCUGAUUGCUCCGGAAUACUUUGACAAGCUGGAGCCAUGCCUGGAGGCAGUGUGCAAUGAGAUUGAUCAAUGGCCACCUCCUGUGCCAGGACAGACUCUGAACCUUCCAGUGAUGGGAGUUGUCAUUCAGGUGAGAAUCCCAUCAAGGGUGGAUAAGCCAGGAUCAAGCCCAGUGAAGCAGUUCAAUCAAGAGAACCUGUUACCAGCCCCACUGGUUCUCCCCAGUAUUCAUGAACUGGAUCUUUUCAGGUGUUUCCAGCCAGUGCUAAUUCAUAUCCAGAUGUUAUGGGAGCUGAUGUUACUAGGAGAGCCAAUUGUUGUAAUGGCACCAUCCCCUACAGUUUCUUCAGAAAUGGUUCUGGCACUUACCAGCUGCCUUGCUCCUCUGAGGUACUGUUGUGACUACCGCCCCUAUUUUACUAUCCAUGACAGUGAAUUUAAAGAGUACACCACCAGGACACAAGCGCCGCCAAACAUUGUUGUGGGAGUCACAAACCCUUUUUUUAUCAAAACUCUCCAGCACUGGCCACACAUUCUUCGGGUUGGGGAGCUCAGAAUGUCAGGAGACCUGCCCAAGCAAGUUAAGGUGAAGAAGCUAGCUAAACUAAAAACUCUGGACACAAAACCAGGAAUCUAUACUUCUUAUAAAACAUUUCUUCACAAAGACAAAAGCCUGAUAAAAAGAUUACUAAAGGGGAUUCAGCGGAAACGCCCGUCUGAAGUCCAAAGUGCCCUUUUGAGGCGUCACCUCCUGGAGCUCACCCAGAGCUUCAUUAUUCCCCUGGAGCAUUAUAUUGCAAGUCUGAUGCCUCUGCAGAGGGCCAUUACUCCGUGGAAGAAUCCUCCACAGAUUCGUCCUUUCCGUCAGGAAGAUUUCAUGAAGACCCUUGAGCAUGCUGGUCCCCAACUUACCUGUGUACUUAAGGGUGACUGGUUAGGCCUCUACAGGCGUUUCUUCAAGUCUCCCAACUUUGAUGGCUGGUACCGUCAGAGGCACAAGGAAAUGACCCAGAAGCUGGAGGCCCUUCAUUUGGAGGCAAUCUGUGAAGCGAACAUUGUGGCCUGGAUGAAGGACAAGUCUGAGGUGGAGAUUGUAGACCUGGUGCUAAAACUUCGUGAGAAGCUGGUAAGAGCCAGGUGCCAGCACCUCCCUGUGAAGGAGGAAACUCUGCAGCGGGUGGGCCUGUAUAUUGAGACCAUCAUUGGCUCCUUGCCGGAGGAUCUCCAGGCUGUGCUGCACCACCACUGAGCACGGUGAAGGGACUCUGUCGGAGAAGGAAGGGCCCUCCCACCCUGCUCCGAGAUGUGGGCAGCUGCAGUUGCGUUUGGAAAGGAAAGUUCUUCCCUGAUCCAGCCAACGUGACCUGAUCUGGACCGUGCUCACAACUGCAUAUGAUUUCGAGCACGUGAGCACGUGGGUCAGAACUGUAGCAGAAAUGGGGAACCAUGUGCACUAUUCUCGGUCUAGUCCUGCUUUGAGGAGCUGGAUUAGGGGACUGUAAGUGAGAAACUGUUCCCUGUGUGGCUGUUAGUAGGUCAGAAAGUGACAGCCAGGCUUCCAGCAGCAUGUGAUAGGCUGUGCAAAACACGUGUCGCCCAUAUAUACACAUCCAUCUUUGUCUAGUGCUUGGGCUCUCAAAAUUUCAAUGCCGUCAUCCUGCCUGGAAGAAGCAGGACCAGACCUGUAGGGGGGAGUUGUUUUCAGGACAGCUCCUGAUGAUAAAAGAGAGAGAUGCUAGUCCCCCACAUACAAAUGAUGUG